GUGUGUGUGUGUGUAUUCGAGUGUGUAAUUGUUUAUAUAUAGUAAGCGCAGUUAUUACAGUUAUAUUAUGGGAAUAGCUGUGGUGAAAUUAGUAAUCGUCAAUCCGAAUUAUAUUCCGAUGGACUUCAGAGGCGGUGGCGGCUCAAGCGGCGGCGACCACCACGACGGUGGCUCCGAUUCUCACCGGAGAAGGAAGCGCUACCACCGCCACACCGCCCACCAAAUUCAGAGUCUUGAAGCGAUGUUCAAAGAAUGUCAGCAUCCAGAUGAGAAGACAAGAAAUCAAUUAAGCAGAGAGUUAAAUUUGAAUCCUCGGCAGAUCAAAUUUUGGUUCCAAAACAGAAGAACUCAGAUGAAGGCACAACAUGAAAGAUCAGACAAUUGUGUACUAAGAUCGGAAAACGACAAGAUUCGAUGCGAAAACAUAGCGAUGAGACAAGCCCUCGAAAAUACCAUAUGCCCCUCGUGUGGGACCACUUCGAUUUCCGACGAUCCCUACUUCGACGAACAAAAACUCCGAAUCGAAAACGCCCAUUUGAAAGAAGAGCUCGACAGAAUCUCCGGCAUUGCUUCGAAGUACAUCGGAAGGCCUAUCCAACAGCUCCCACCAUUGCAGCCUAUUCACGUCUCGUCAUUGGACUUAUCCAUGUCGAGUAAUAAUAAUCAUAAUUUCGGAGGCACUUCUCUCGGUCUCGAUCUUAUCCACGGGAAUAAUUCGUCGGGUUUAAUGACGAAUUUGCCCUUGAAUGUUCCGACCGCGGGCAUUUCGGACAUUGACAAAUCCCUCAUGGCUGACGUGGCGGCCAAUGCCAUGGACGAGCUGAUUAGGCUCCUGCAGGGGAACGAGCCGCCACUAUGGACGAAACCCGAUGCGGUCGGACGCGAGACGCUCGAUCUCGAAAGCUACGAGAGACUAUUCCGAGGAUCUUACGGACGCUUGAAGAAUCCCAAUGUCCGAAUCGAAGCUUCGAGAGAUUCGGGCGUUGUGAUAAUGAGUGGCUUGGCUUUGGUCGGCAUGUUUAUGGAUUCGAACAAAUGGAUGGAAUUGUUUCCUACAAUUGUGUCAAGGGCAAGAACAAUUGAAGUUAUAUCAAGUGGAAUGAUGGGAAGCCAUAGUGGCACAUUGCAAUUGAUGUAUGAAGAAUUGCAGGUGCUAUCGGCAUUAGUACCAACUAGACAAGUCUAUUUUCUCCGAUUCUGUCAGCAAAUCGACCAAGGCACGUGGGCCAUAGUCGAUGUGUCGUACGAUGUUCCUCAUCAAGAAAGCCCGUUUUCUUCGGCUCACAAGCUUCCUUCUGGCUGCUUAAUACAAGACAUGCCUAAUGGUUAUUCCAAGGUAACUUGGGUUGAACAUUGGGAAAUCGAAGAUAAAGCACCGAUCCAUCAUCUUUAUCGAGAACUCAUCCAGAGCGGGCUAGCGUUUGGAGCCGAAAGAUGGCUCUCCACUCUUCAAAGGAUAUGCGAAAGAUUCGCUUGUUCUAUGGUUUCUGGAAAUUCGACUCGUGAUCUUGGAGGAGUGAUUCCAUCGGCAGAAGGAAAAAGAAGCAUGAUUGGACUUGCUCAGAGAAUGGUGAACAUAUUCUGUAGUUGCAUUAAUCCUUGUAACGGACAACAAUGGACCACGAUUUCCGGGCAGGCCGAGUACGAAGUUCGGGCAGCGCUUCACAAGAGCACGGAUCUCGGUCAGCCUAAUGGCGUUAUACUUAGCGCAGCUGCCACUGUUUGGCUCCCGAUUGCUCCGCAAAUUGUGUUCAAUUUUUUCAGGGAUGAGAGAAAUAGGCCUCAGUGGGAUGUUAUGUCGAAUCAAAACCCGGUUCAAGAAAUUGCUCAUAUCGCUAACGGCUCUCAUCCGGGAAACUGCAUAUCCGUGCUUCGGGGAUUCAACUCUAGCCAAAGCAACACGUUGAUACUACAAGAGAGCUGCAUGGAUUCGUCGGGGUCAACGGUCGUGUACUGCCCCGUUGACCUACAGGCGGUCAACAUAGCAAUGAGCGGCGAGGACACUUCAUACAUACCCAUACUCCCGUCGGGCUUCACUAUUUCACCCGACGGCCGGGAUGCCGGCGGCGGUGGAGGCGACGCCGCCGCCUCCACCAGCAACGGCCCGUCAUCAGCGGCGGCGACAGGCUCGCUGAUGACGGUUGUGUUUCAAAUACUGGUGAGCAACUUGCCGAACGCAAGAAUGACCCCCGAGUCGGUGACAACAGUUAACAACCUUAUCGGAAACACCGUCCGCCAAAUUAAAGCCGCCUUGAAUGUUUGCAGUGAUGAUGGACGAGUAUGAUGAUAUUAUAUAUACAUACAUAUAUAUAUAACUAUAUUGUUUCUAUCUCUCACUAACAUGCAUCCUUAAAUAAUCGUACGGGUACGUUAGUGCAUGUCGGAAGAGAGAGAAACAUAGUUUCAGACUCCAUUAAUGCCUAGCUUCUCACUAGUCCUAUCAUUCAUUAUAUCACUGGCUGAAUUAUUACACCAACAACCUUUUUUACUAGCUAUGUCUUUUUUUUUUUUUUUUCUCGGGGUUUUUUCGGAGAUCGAUAUAUGAUUGUUCUUGUAUGUAGUUGAAAGAGGAUCGGAGUCAAGAACGAACCAAGACGUCGUCGUAUUUUUUCGGGGUACGCUACUAGUGUAUGUAUGGUUCGGGCAUUGACUUAUGUUCAUCUUUUCAACUUAUAUGUUAAGAAGGAUUGAAUAAUAUAAAUUUGUUGCAA